AUGGGCGGGGCUUCUUGCGUUCACCGGAGAGAGAACACGCGGUUCCGUGAGCCGUGCGCUUUUUCCCCCAGUCCGGGCAGGCCUUUAAACUACGCCCACACCUCGCUCGCGAUUCACCCUGCUUCAACACACCCCGAAUCCACAGGACUCGAGACGAACCGAACCGUCACACAUCGGCGACAGCGCUCCCGAAUCCCUUCAUCCGCAUCUCAUACGGGUCAUGACGCUGGAAGCGAUCCGGUACCGGUCCGGGUCUCUGCAGAUCCUCAACCAGCUGCUGCUGCCGCACGAGACCGUGUUCGACGAGAUCCGUUCGGUGCGGGACGGAUAUGAGGCCAUCAAGAGCAUGAAGGUGCGCGGCGCUCCCGCCAUUGCCAUCGUGGGGUGCCUGAGCCUGGCGGUGGAGCUGCGGGGGGGCGCCGGGGCCGACGACCUCGUGUCCUUCAUCAGGGAGUCUCUGUGUCACCUGACCUCCGCCCGACCCACGGCGGUCAACAUGGGCCGAGCCGCGCGCGAGCUCAUGGAGUUCACGGAGAACGAGAGCAUGGAGAAAAACACAGAGCAGCUGAGAGACAGCGUGAUUGGCUGGAUCGAGGAGAUGUUGGAGCGAGACGUGAACGACAACAAAAAAAUCGGCAACUACGGCGCCCAGCACAUCCUGUCAGGAGUCCCGCGAGACUCGGUCACCAUCCUCACACACUGCAACACCGGCAGCCUCGCCACCGCGGGAUACGGCACAGCUCUCGGAGUGGUGCGGUCGCUGCACACGCUGGGCCGCUUGAAGCGCUUGUACUGCACAGAGACGAGGCCCUACAACCAGGGCGCCCGACUGACGGCGUACGAGGCCGUCGCUGAGGGCUUCCCCGCCACCCUCAUCACAGACAGCAUGGCCGCGCUCGCCAUGAGGGAGAAGGGCAUCACAGCUGUCGUCGUCGGAGCGGACAGGGUCGUUGCGAACGGUGACACGGCGAAUAAGGUGGGCACGUAUCAGCUGGCCAUCGCCGCCAAACACCACGGGGUGCCGUUCUACGUGGCGGCGCCGAGCACGUCCUGCGACCUGAGUCUGGAGAGCGGGCGAGACAUCGUGAUCGAGGAACGUCCCGCCGUGGAGCUCACCAGCAUCAACGGGGUUCCUGUAGCCGCACCUGGGAUCGACGUGUGGAACCCGGCGUUCGACGUCACCCCGCACCAGCUGAUCACGGGCGGCAUCAUCACCGAGCUCGGCGUGUUCCUGCCGUCCGAACUGCAGGCCGCUCUGACGGGGAGACUCACUGCGCUGUGAGGCACGGGUGCACCUCACACACCUCUCGCCUCUCUCUCUCUCUCUCUCCUAGUGUUCUCACCUCACUGUGGUGGAAGCUGCACCUUUAAUCACACACACAAGCAUCGGCACCGAGGUGUUCACACACGCACGUUCCGUUCAAUUCAACACUUACAAAGUGAAGUGGAAUAACACCAUGUGACACACAAUUGUUCAACCCAGGGAUGCUUGUAAACACACACACACACAUGCAAACACACACCUUCUCCUUCUCUCUGUGUACAGCUCAUGACACACCAUCUCAUGUCUUUUGUGAAAGCCUCAUUCACCUGUUCCUUUUUUUCCACUCGUUUCUUCCCCUCUUUCUGGCUCAGCUCCAGUGUUUAUAACAGGAAGUGUUUCAGAGAUGGCAAACAGUGGGCAGGCAUUGGGAACAUUCAGAGUAUUUCAAAAUAAAAGUCUUAGGUUUAAUACGGGUCGAACUGAUGUCCUUUGAGGGUCCGGGUCAUAUUUCACCCCAAAAUCAAAUGGAAACGUAAACAAAGCCUAUUUUUCGGACCAUUUGACGGUUAUGCAGAUUUUCCCUCCAUAUUCUCAGUUCUGUAAUACAAAAACAUUUCUAUUUAUAUUGUAAAUGUAUAAUAUGCAUUCAAUU